GUCCUCCAUCCUAAUGGCCUGAGGCAAUAUUUACUUCAGGUUCUCCGUCAACACACGCUCUACUACAAACAUUCACACCUUCUGCCUAUCUGGUUUCCCACCUCUUCUUUGCCUUUAUCCAUACAGUUGGAACUGGCGUCGUUUCUCUUGUUACAAAAGUUAAGACUUCCGCGUAAGAGGCUAGGACAAAACUUGAGCUAUAGUCACAAGUGUUGCUCCUUGGAGAUGACUAGCGUCACAUCAACUCGAGACUUUCUCGUUUUGCUCGACGGUCGCCAUCUCUGUUACGAGAUCUACGGAGACGCUUAUGCCAAUGCAACCGUCUUUUAUCACCAUGGAUUGCCUGCUAGCCGAGUGGAAGCCUCUGCAUACGACCAGGUGGCCCGCCAGAGCAAUAUUCGAUUGGUCGGCGUGGACCGUCCCGGUAUGGGCCGUUCAACUUUCCAACCCAACCGGCGCCUGCUCGACUGGCCCACCGACUUGCUAGCGUUAGCCGACCAUCUGAACGUUGACCGAUUCGCCGUGCUUGGGCUCUCAGGCGGCGGACCCUACGUACUGGCAUGCCUGCACCAGAUCCCAACAUCUCGAUGUGUUGGGGGCGCUAUUGUCGCAGGCAUGUACCCAGUCAAUCUUGGACUUGCAGGAAUGAUGCUUCAAAAUCGACUCGCGUUUAGCUGUGCCGCCUGGUUUCCAUGGGUUGUAGAGAAGGCUUCGGACUUCUUAAUGGGUGGUGUAGCCCGAGACACAGAGCAUCCUGAGAGGCUCGAGAAGACGCUUAGCGACAGCUUCAAGAACAAGCCUGGUAUUGAUCGAACGGUAUGGGAGCACAACGAGAGGGGUAUUCGAACAGCUAUUACCGAAAGCAAGCGGGAGGCGUUGUGUGAUGGAUCCCGGGGCGCAGCCCAGGAAACUGGCAUCUUCGGGACUGACUGGGGGUUCAAACUGAACGAUCUUGCCGUUGACUCCGGCGGCCUGGUUUUGUGGCACGGCGGCCUGGACGUGAACAUUCCGGUUGCGAUGGCCCGCAAGGCUAGUGAAUUGAUCGACGGAGCAGAAUUGAGGGUUUCAGAAGACGACGGUCAUAUCAGCAUGGUUGUCAGCAAGUCCGACGAGGUUAUGGCAGCAUUGACCAGGAUGCUGUUCACGACUUGAGAUUUUCCAAGAGAACUAAUCACGACAGAAUUGACCUUCUGAGAGUUUAUAUCUGAUUACACGUUAGGGGCAUGGCUACCAGUAGCCAGAGAGCGCGCCAGUCUGGCGUGGCUACUGUCGGUGCCAGAUUUCCGGAUUCAGGCUCAUCGUUCGCGAACUCCGCGUCCUCUUUCACGGUGUUUCGUGGCGCAUCCCGUACGCCCGCAUGCCACAGUCCAGGACGACUGGGC